AUGGGAUACCGAUUCUGGAGCAACGCAUAUGCUGUUUUGAACGGUCUUCACGAGCUGAGUGAUGAUUCCAGGCUAGCUGCUACAUGCCAGCUGUCCCUGGUGCGAGUGCAAGUGGACUGGCUUUCGCGAUUGAAGAAAAACCCUUUCGACUUGUGCAUUGCGCCGUUGUACAUUCGGAAUGACGUCGACAUGGUCCGCCAAGCUGCUGAAAGAGAUAUAUCAGCAGUAGCAUACGCUGCCCAAGAGCUGCGAGCAGAUGCAGGCUUCGCUUUGUCCAUGGCCAAGAACAACGGUCAUGCUCUUCGAUAUUUCAGUUCUGAGCUGAGACGCAACAGGGCCAUUGUACUGGCUGCUGUGGAAAAUGCUGGUUCAGCGUUGAGAUACGCGGACGAAGCGCUGCAAGCUGAUGAGGACAUUGUGCUUGCUGCCGUCCGAACGGACGCCAAGGCCCUGAUGCAUGCGUCCCAAGAAUUGGUUAAAGACGGGGACUUUGCAAAGAGGGUCGUGGCUAACAAUCGCUUGGCAGCGGAGUAUGUCCAAAGCCUCGUGCUCAACAGUAGGAGCCGGGAGUUGCGUCGAAGGCAGGAGGAGGACGACAAACAGCGCUAUGAGCGAGACAUUGAGGAUGCAAAGAUUUUCGUCGACAGCGCAUUUCGUCUCUACCAGCGAGGUGUGAUCUUUCUUGACGCACGAUCCAAUGAAGAGUUCGACAGGAGCCGCAUAUCUGGGGCACUGCCGUUUUCCGAGCAAACAUCUAUGCUUCGGCAUGUGAUCAUGCAGAAGGGUAUGUCUGUAGCAUCUGCAUCGGACCCAGUGAUGCAAUGUCUGCUCAAGUCUCCAGAACAGACAGUCGUUGUCUACAGCGAUAGUGGUUCAGACGACAUCAGUCUGGGAUACAUUAGUCGCUGCGUCCGUGUUGCUCAAGAGCUGCGUCGUGCAUGUCGCCUCGAGCCAUCUCUCGGCAGCAGCCACCGCGUGCGUCGGCUUGUUGGCGGGCUGAAUCAAUGGAAACGGGCCGGACUACCAACGGAUGGUGAGCAGCGACCACUGAUCAACAACAGCAUUCUGCUGGAAGGGGGUAUUCAUGCCUGUUUGGGCAUGGACCUUGCAGGUGACAUGUAG